CGGCAGGACACGUCACAGUGAUCUUUGGAAAACAAGUAGCACACACCCACACCAGGAAACGGCUACAGAACUGUUCUGUGGAUCAGUGGAACUGCGGCGGUCGCUGGUUGUACACAUAUCGUUUAAUCGACUCCUUCAGUAUAAAAACAAAAGCAGCUUGGGGGACAGUUGAACUUGGAGACUGCGAUGGCCACAUCAACCAAAAGGAGCAGAUACAAUGUGCAGAGCCCAAGGAACAGGCUGGCAAACCCUCGGGUCCUGAAGGCCUUCCUGCAAGCGACUAUAGCCUUCCAGAAGGCGGGUAAGAAAGACGAAGUCGACAGCCCCGACGUACUGCGAGCCACUGCCCAACAGCGAGUUGCCGAUGAGAAAACCCUGAGUGAGCGUCUGUGGGACCAGAAUUUGGACCUGGUCGACGCAGCAUGGGAUACGAAGUUCAUCCAGGGCAUCGCACAUGGAAACCUCGACCCAAAUGACUAUGGCCAGUACACGGUUCAGGAUGCCGCAUACUGCAACGCCGCCACUGACAACCUCCAGUUCCUUACAGACAAGGUUCAGGGAGCUCCCCUUGAAGAGUUCUUCAAGGGCCAGUACGAGGGCUACAAGGGUUACACACAGGAGCUGUAUGAAAGCUGGUUUCUCAAGCCAGAUGGUGCAGACCUCGGUCCGGCUGCUCAGGCGUACGUGGAUUUGGAGCACGAGAUAGCGCACAACGAGGAGGCCCUGUACUAUCUGGUGUCCAUGAUUCCAUGUCUUCGACUGUGGCCCUACCUGGCUAAAAUGAUGGAGAAAGGUGGUUACGACAAGGAAUCCAACAUUUACAAGUUCUGGAUUGAGGACAACGGCAGUUACAAAAGUGCGGAGGAAGUUGAAGAAGUCGUGGACGGAUGCAGCCUCUCCGGGCUUAUCAACGAGGAGAAGGCCAAUCAGAUCUACCGCAAGUGCAUGUACGGGGAGGUCAACUUCUUCAAGUCUGCAUGUGACGAACCGCUCCUGAUCAUACCUCCUCAGUAAAGGAGCCAAGGGGUGUGCCAUCAGCAACAACAGCUGACACUGGAGUUUUCUUAAACACAAAGAUAGUUUACCUUGCUGACAUUUGCUUGCAUGGGGAAUAAGGAUGAACAACAAUGUUGGUGUGCUCUGCAUGGCAAAACACUGCAAUUCUUAGAAAAGCUUUUUGUGUAUCCCAAUACAUACAUACAAUGCAUGUGCCUUAAAUGACUAGUCACAGGAGGAGCUAAGGUGCUAAUCUCCAAGCAGAUCCUAGGGUGGCAAAAGACAGUAUCAAAUUGACCUGGCAGUAUCCAUUGGCCAGAGAGGGUACAAUAUGCCACCCAAGUGGGGGUAGCGACCAA